AUGCAGAUGCUGCUCUUCCUCGCCACUCUCGUCCUCGCCAUCGCCGGCUCGGCCAUCUUCGCUGCGGGUCAAGACACGACCAAGGCGACGCUCUUCAUCGGGUCGUCGCAGAACUCCGCGGAGAGCGUCGUACUGGAGGAGGUCGUCGACGAGCACCGCCGCCUCGAAGUGACGGGCGAGAGUCACGUCCAGGACAUCGCGUUGUUUCAAGCCAACAUUGUGGUGAAAUCAAUUCCAGCCAGCCUGGGCCACACCGCCAAACUGUUGUUCGCUGCAGUAUUCUGGCAGCUAUUUUUGGGGGGCUGUCGGUAUCCGGCUGCGGUGCUGGAGCUGAAGCUUGUUUACGAAAUAGCACCCCUAAUUGUGGAUAUUUGCGCCGCUGUAUGGGUACCUCAAGCGGUCUCGGUGUCUCAACAGCAAUCAAAACUUUGA